AUGUCUUACACAGGCUUCCCACCCAACGACUUCGCCUUGUGGAUCUCUCGGCAGGUUCAGCAAGGGCAGCAGGGAGAUCAUCACCACGCUCAGGCCCUGCUGAACCAGUUCUCCAUGCCUCAAUACCCACUGCCUCCCAGCAGCCGAGCAGCAAGCUACCCUGCUACUCCGCAAGGGCAGAUACCAUCUGCGACCUUUUCGAACAACAUCACUGGUUCAUGUCCUCCGGGCCCUUUUCAAAACCCGUACCCGAUGAACUCCAAUGUUCUACAGUUUCCUCUGCAGCUUCCUCAGGCCCCAUUCCCAUACCCUGGCAUAUCGGCCCCAGGUUAUGUGGAACUCUCCCCGAAUGAGUACCCCAUGGGAUCUCAGCAGGUGGCACCGACUCAGGGCCUGCAGCAGAACGGAGGCGCUCUUUCAUACAGAGACCCGUCUGUCCCAACCAACCUGACAACGAUCCAUCCCAGUCUCGGGCUGUGCGUGCUGGUCCCAAUUGGAGCACUGAGCGUAAACGCUCCCCAGAGCACAAGCGACUGGUCAGCCGCCAGCAACCCUGGCUCCCGUCACAGAGACCACUACGGCACCCGCGUCGACCGCCUCCGCCUCCGCAGCCGCGAGCUCACCCCAUACACGAGACACAUGUCGCCUUCCCCUACCAGAUCGUUCUCGCCGUAUCUCUCGUCCCCCUCCUCCUCGGUCACGGUGACGCCCAUCCUGCGCCAUCGCCGCCUGAACACCCCCGAAUCCGGCAGGAGCCCCCGUCGCUUCCACGGCAUCGGUGGCUUCACCCCGCUCCGCAGUCACGACGUACCGCGCCCCACAAUCGAAUCUUCCAUCAGUACCGUCGGAACCUGUUCUCAGUGCGGGGGGACCGGGGCUGACAGCUCUUACGAGCCGUUCACGGAUGGGUCUGUGGCGCCGACGCCCCAAAUGGGCCGGGACGAUGCUGUCGUGGGCCGGGGUGAGCCCUCACGGGCACACGUGGAGGAUCGGGAGGGCCCAGCGGGGGGUCAUAGGCGCUUCCAGGCCAGUGUGGAGGACAUUGAUGAGUAG